UUCCCACAGAAAUCACACACAGACAAGUAUCUCCUGUGUUUGAGCCCAUCCCAUCUGUUUGGACCAGUGGGACUGCCACUUAAGAUCAGCUUUGGACUUAAAUUCCUCUCUAAGAGCAGCUCAAACACUCACUGCUCAUCUGUGGUUCCUUUCCUGAGAGCUCCUGUGACCGUCGGCCCCUCCACCUGUGGACUAUGCCCCCCUCAGAUAGCUGAGUGAGGGGGCUCUGGGCUGCUCAGGCUCCCAUCUGGCAAAGGCUUGGGCUGAAAUCAAAGAGGAGACAGUUAGGUUGUUGCUGAAGAUGCAAGCCUCCACUGUCUCACCUGUGACCAACACUACACUACCCACAAACACAACCAUCGUCACAAAGUCAAGAGAACAAAUACUCAUCCAGAGUUCUGGGGCGAUGAUCGCUGUCAUCGUCAUCGGCAUCAUAAUCAUUCUUGCCAUUCUACUGAUCAUCCUGAAGACAUACAACAGGCGGACUCAUGUCUCCAGGGUCCUGGGAGCCAGCGGUGGCUCCAAACCUCGUCAGAAAAUGUCCCAGUCCACCAUGCAGAGCAGCAUGCCUCUGAGCCCCAUAGGAGUCCAGUCUGUGUCGGGCAACAUCCCCAUCUUAACCCCCUCCUCAGAGAACGGCUUCCAGCUGCCCCGAGCAGAGCUAAGCAGCCUGGAGGAAAACCAAAUAGAGCAGUUCAGCACCAACAGCGGCUCCACCGCGGUCACCAUACAUGACGUACCGUCAUUAGGAAACACAUAACAGAGAGACUGAGGGUUUGGUCUCACAACAGGCACUGACUGAUGUGAUGUCUCUGUACUGCGUGCUGACUGAAUCCUGUGGAAACUCAAUCGACAGUGUCAUUGCUGUCAAUCUCCACCAACUGAGCCACUGCACAGAAAACCAGACGUCCUUUUGUUUUAUAAAAGUAUGAACAAAAUGGUUCCAUUGACAGACUACAUGAAGGAUUUCCACAAGACAGAAAACUGAGAAUUUAUUGUGAUUAAUUACUGUUGGCUCGAGUCAGUGUUCACAGUCAUGUUUUUGUCCCGUCUUUACCAAAACAAUGAAGAAAAUGUGUAGUAGAGAUUGUAAUGCCUUGAUGUUUCCUUUAACUGUGUACAUUUCUGAAAAACCACAGAGAUUUGUGAGUAAAUGUAGAUUAAUAACCAUUUACCUUAUUAAUUGUGGUUUACCCUUAGAUAGGAUGUCUUUGUCCCCUGAUCUCAGAUAUUUUUGUCUCGUAUAUAAAUGUGUAUUUUUUCUAACUUGUCUAAUGAAAAACACCACAAAUAUAUUUUAAGACAUCUUGGUGUCAACCCAACAAAAGGAUCUGAGUCCUUUUCGGUCUGAUGCCAGAGGAUUUUGCACUUUAUUUUUG